AUGGAGACUUUGCAGACGUCACUUCUCCCGGAAAGUAAACGCGCUAAACACACGCGUAUAAUGUUUGCGGGGGCGAGAACAAUUGCCACGAGAACGACGACAUCAUCAUCAUCAUCAUCAUCUAAACGCAUCGCGACUCGCACCAUUAUUACGAGUACUGCCAAGAGAUCUUCCUUCUUGCGCAAAUCCUUUUCCUUCUUAUUCCUGUGCAGUGCGUUUCCGUCGAGCGUGAAGUCGUCGUCGAUAUCGGAGUUUUCCAUCAUGGGUGACAGCGAGUACCCGGGGACGGCGGAUGAACGAUUGGAGACGUGCAAAAACCGAGCGAAGUCACUCACUUCGAAUGAACUCUCCCAAGAUUGGGAGGCGAUUGUUCGCCCAAAGCUCUUAUGGGCGGCCGGGUUGAGAGACCUCACGAACGUGGCACCGGGAAAGGGCAACACGGGCCACUGCUUUAACGAUUUCAACCACGUGGACGCGACGACAAUGUUGAUGCAAACGGCGGAUAACGAACACGACGGGUCGGUGAGAGGCAUAGCGGUUGGAAAUCAACUGGGCGAGGGGAUUCGAGCGGCGAGUUUACCCGACGCCGGGCCCGGCGGGACGUGGUGCACGUGUUCGCUCGGCGCCAAUCAAGAACCUCCGCACGACGUCGCGCACGUGCAAUUCCAGUCUAAAAUCGCGUGGAAACUCGUUUGGGUUCCAGGGGAAUUGGGGGACUUUUCGAGGUUUGUUUUAGUCGACGACGCGGGGACUUCUUUAACCACCGGCGUCCCAACCGGGAACGUCCCCAAUAUCAUGGAGCGAGAACACAAUUUUCAAAUGUUGAGAGGCGGCAGAUACGCCGAGUGCGCGAAAGAGUACGAGAGUAAUUCGGACGACUUUGGUGUUGGCCCCGGGUUUAGUGCCAGAUAA